UCUGGAUUAGAGGGCCGUAAAAGGGUUUUAGGGUCCAGCCGAGCGUAGAGGUCGUCGUCUAUGCAAAUCAUAGACUAUACUAUGCUACCCCUAUCUUUAGAUACUUAUGGUAUAUCAAUUGGCUGUUUGGUAAAUUAGGAAGCUUGUUUCCAAAUGACGAAAGGCUUGCUAUGUUUAGUGCGCAAAAUGUCUACCAGACUAUUUGAGGAAAGCGAUCAUGCAAAUGUUUACAAGAAGUUCAGGCCUCUACACCCUCAGAGCAUGGCAGAAUUCAUCGUAUCCUUCUGCAAGCGACAAGUUUCCCUGGAUCGCCAUGAGCUCCUCCCUCUAGCUGUUGAUGUUGGCUGCGGAUCUGGGCAAAGUUCCCAGAUGUUUGCGCCAUACUUUCAGAAUGUUAUUGGUCUGGAUGUCAGUUCUGCACAAAUAAAGGAGGCUAAUACAGCCAAUGGAAAUAAUAAUGUGGAAUUUCUUGUCGGGUCUGCUGAGAGUUUACCAGUAGAAAAUCAGACAGUAUCAUUGUUACUUUGUGCCCAGUCAUUCCACUGGCUUGAUCAAGAAAAAUUCUACAAAGAAGUUGACAGGGUAUUGAUGCCAGGAGGUUGCCUAGCUGUUUUUGCACAUCAUUUCAAUGAAUUUGAACAACCAUCGUUAAACAGGAUAGCACGUGAGUUUGCAUUCGAGACAUUGAAGGACUAUUGGGAUGAACGGAGAAGGACUGUUGACAAUGGCUAUAGGGAUAUUGUAUUACCCUAUGAGGACAACGAAAGAGAUGAUUUCCAGUCAAUCACCAAAACAAGCCUUCUUGACUACCUUGGCUACCUGAGCUCAUUGUCAUCAUAUAGAAAGUUUAUGAAAGAGCAUCCAGAUGAACCAAUCUUGAAAAAUAUUGAGCAGCAAUUCCUGAAUGAAAUGGCUGCAUCAUCAUCAUCCGAAGUUACUUUAACUGUGAUAAGAAGAUACUUUUUGCUUAUUUGCAGCAAACCAAAAUAAGUGUUAAAAUUGGAAUGAGGUUGUUUGCCAAAGAAUAGAAGUACACCAAUUCAAGGUAGCUCCUGGAUAAAAACACCUUGUAUGCACUGGAAGCUAUUUUCAUUAUAUAAUCGUUCAACAAAUGUUUCCAUUUGCUACUGAUACUGAAAGCUACUGAACAUAUGCUACUGAAAGUUAAAUGUUACAAAUUAAACAUAACUAACAACAGAAACAACUGUACUGAACAGGGGCGGACUGGCUGGUCGGGCUAUUCGGGCGAUCGCCCGAAGGGCCGGUCGGUUUAAGGGCCGGUUGAUAAAAGUGCAAAAAAAUAAAUUAGCUCAAAAAGUGAAUGCGAGGCAAAAAAGUAUACCCACGCGUUAAUCUGUUUGCCUUGAAUUUUCAGAGAAUUGUGGGAAAGAAUAAAUAUACACGCGAGUACUCCAAAACCAUCAAAAUUAUGAAUUCAUUUUUGUCACCGCCAGGGGCGUAACUUGGCCAAUAGUUUUGGGGGGGUGAAAAGGGUUUCUGCCCUGCAAAACUGAGUGGUGCCCUGCAGACCUCGUAGCAAAGGUUUGUCUAUAGGCUACUAGUUAAAGCUUCACCAGUGUACACUGGUCUUUACCAAGGACAAACUUCUAAGCAAUAAAAACAAACUUGAAACUUCAUUGCCUAUGAAAUAUCUAUUUCUCUACGUGAGCGUAAAUUAAAUGUCAAAUCUGAUUUUCAUUGGUACUAAAGCUUGUAUUUCAUGACAUAUGGUGUGUGUGGGUACAUGAUGUAGACGGUGCGACGAAAUAUUUAGCCCGGGGGGGACUAAGAAUCAAGUUUAGUGAUAUAGGAGGACCCACCACGGUUGGGUCCGACGUGAAGAAAAUUUUUGAAAUUAUACCUUGUUAUAAGAGCUAAAAAGCAUCUUUCAGACUAUUGUGCUAAAAAACUGAUUAUUGUUUAUUGGGGAAAAUAGGGAGGGGCAUGUCAUGCUAAAACUCUAGUGAUAGACGUUGGGGAAGGAAAGAAACGGUAACCUUUCGUUUAAGAUUGCACAUAGUUGUGAAUGACAGAGGCAGAUUGGGAUAAUUUUAUUUCCUGAACAGAAAUGUGCAGUUUCUUGUCUCGAAAAGGCCGUGCUUCAAAAUUUAAACAUUGCAAUGAUACAGAAAGUGAUUUACUGAAUUAAUGCAAAUAAAAAAAAAAUAAUAAAAAUAUACGUGAAAAAGUUAGUAAUUAGAUCAAAUAAAAUCGGCAUCUUAACAGUUUAUUCUCUUUUUAUUUCAUGCACUGUUAAAAAGUAAUAGAAAAAAUGAUAGAAAAUUCUUAUCUUGACCAAAGUGGGGGCCUUCAGCCCCCUAUUCCCCCCAGUGACGCCGUGCCUGUUAUGAAAAUAAUUUACAACUUAAAUUAACUUGUAUGGACUCAACCUUGCCCUCAUAAACAUAUGCAUCAAUCAUUGCAUCCAUUGGCUAUGACUUUCGGUAAGACAUGCUUUCGCUUUGCAAAUAACGGAGCUUUUCCUUACAUACCUGUUCCGUUCUCUAUUAUGCAAUGUCAGGAAGGUAGAUUCAUAACAAAUAUGAUAUUUCCAUUUCAAAAUUCCUAAACAGCUCUUUAUGAACUUCAGAGGUUACAUUUCUGCGUGGCAACAAACCUCUUCUUGGUGCCCUGCGAAAUCUUCGAUUGCCCUGCGAAAUCGACUAUUUUUUUAAUGGGGGGGUGUCACACCCCCCCCCACACCCCCCGGUAGUUUCGCCCCUGGUCACCGCAGCCCAAACACACUUCUUCAGGGAACAUGUUAUUGACAUUUUGUUAUAUUUUCUCUAGAUGUCUUUUUACUUAGCUUUUGCUUGAAGCUGGUCAUGUUUUUCCCUAAGCACAAGCUAUUGCUAAAUGUAAUAAAUUUAAAAGUCCAAAAAUUAGAGUUCACUAAGGGAUUUGCUCUGUGAUGUGAAGUAAUGAAGAGGACAUACGUAGAACAAGGGAAGAGCAAGAAGACUUCAACCAAAGGUGGUGCACAGAAAUUUCGUGAGGAAAAGCUGCGAGACUUAAAAAAGGAUUCAGCUACGAUACAAAGCUUUUUUUAUCAAGCAAAAGCCACAAACGUCACAAAGAACAGCAGGGUCUUGCUCCUUUCAAUAAACUCAUACAAGUUAUGGUAAAUUUAUUAGGCAUAUACUAUCAUAAGUCAAAUGGACCCCCCGCCCAAUAGGGGUAUGAUGCUACACGAUAAAAUUUCAACAGGGGUGCCCAUGUUUUCUUUUUGGGGUCAGAAAUUGACAAAUCGAUAUUUUUGGGCUGCUGAAAAUCAUUGUUAUUUUCCGGAGGAUUAGAAAAUUAUUUGUCACAAGUUGAGUGUGAUAGAAGCUUUAAAUAUAUAAAGAACAGAUUACGUUACCUGGAGUCCCUCAUGUUAAUGUUCUUAGAAAAACACCUGUUAGAUGACAUCUAGAACGAUCACAUUAUCAACAUAUAAGUUACUGUAUUUAGAAAGAAAGUCAAACCAAUGAGUUAAAAUUUUUCUUUAUUUGCUAUUUAGUCAGCAAACGACUUAUUUAACAUGUUCUGUUAACCAGCAUUCAUCCAUGCACAAAAUUACUGAACUUAAAAACUUGUUUUCCUUACAGACUAACAUUUACUUGCAUUUUCCGAGGAGUUUUUUAUUUGCUGUUAUUGUGGGCCGGUUUGAUCAAAAUUUGCCCGGGCCAAAAAUAUCAGCCAGUCCGCCCCUGGUACUGAAUUCAAGAAUGUUUUUAGAUGGUCAAAAAGAUGGUCCUUGUGUUUUAUCGUCCAGAUAAAUUUAUUCGAUUUUUCAUGGCUUCUGUGAUGUAAGCCAAACGCAAUUUACCCGUUUUGCUAGUUGCAUCACAAACAUUAGGCAUAUAUUUGUUUUCUUGAUAUCACUGGCGAAGAAAAAGGAAAAUGUUUGUUAAGUUCAGCAAUUCUUUACAGAUAUAGCAUUUUUCUUUAGAGUUUUUAAAUUAUGGUGUGGAAUUUAACAUUCAGUCCUAAAUUAGAUCACUAACACUAGGAAAUUUACGAACGGAAAUUUUUUCAGAGAAGGUUUUCGCAUCUUCACAUUUCUUUAUAUAGAGUUCUAACGUGUGACGUCACCAAAAACUUAUUUUUGAAUUUUAACCACAUAACAUAAAAGAUCACCAUGAAAUAAUUCCAGGUAUGCAAAAUUAGUCAAAUAUGUCCAAAAUCAGUUGGGAUAUUGCCAAUGAAAGAUUCGAAGUUUGCUAACGAAUCACUGUUAUUUUCACUCUGUUCAUAAAGUUAUGAACAGAGACCAAAAUAUAGAUGGGGAAAGAGCUAAUACACAUGUGGCCAUAUCUCAGCCAAUUCGUAACACAUUUUAAUGAUUAUGCAUAUUUAGAGGUAUUUCAUGAUGCUCUUUCAGGCUAUGGGAGCCAAACUCAAAAAUUCUAAAAAUAGAUUGUGAUGUCAUCACUCUAGAACUCUAUCUGUAUUUCCAAGGUCUUUUGUUCCAACUAGCUAGAGAUAUUGACGGGUUUUCAUGUAUUUUCAGAGUUUAGGGUUGUUUCUAAAUUCAAUUGUUUCUUAGAAUGUUUUUCCUUCUUCAUGUAAAAAAGUUUCUUAAUUUUUACUGAUUGUCUAAAACUCAUUUCUUAUGGCGUGUUUCUUAUGAAAAUUUGUAUCCCAUUGAUUUCAUAUAACAUAUAAACGAUUUUUCAAAUCAACUUUGAAAUCGCCUGUAUAAUCGCGAAAGGUUAUCUGGACGGUUAUUCAGGACGAAGUUGAUUGGAAGCGCCAUAAUUCAACAGGUACUAUUCUUGGUUUCGAGUUAGCGUUGUUAAACUUUUUUCUUCGCAUUAGACAAAAAUGGAUCAUAGAAUUGAAAUAUUCAUGUUAAAUUUAGUCUGUACCGAAAAUUCCAUGCCGUUUGGGCAGUCAGACCGCGAAUUACGCCGUUAUCAAAAUUUCGCUCUUCCUGUACAUUUUACAGGAGUGGUAAAAUCUUUAUAAAUAUCUAAAUAUUCAAAACAUAGUAACUCGCUACAGAGAAGUACAAACGAAAUGAAGUUUCCAGUUUAGACUAAUUUCAACAUGACGAUUUCAAAUCUGAUAUCCGUUUCUGAACAAGUCUGAUGCAAAACGAUGACGUCAACCGGAAACCGAGAAUUGCAUAAAAGAAGUUAUGAAAAAACAAGAACUGGAGAAAAAACACAUACAGUGUCAGAAUUGCAGAGGUGAUAGCAUCCACAGUAGCCUGUAGAGAAAACAUGUUACAAACCUCGUACCCCCAGUUAUGUAACAAAUAACCAUAUUGCUGGCAUAAUCAAUACAGUUGUGACUAGGGCUUAUUCAUCAGUGGUAGCGUGUUUUGAAGAACCAUCGACGGUAUUUCAAUUCAUUGUUUUGUGUAUGGUCAAUUUUAAAAAGCGGGCGGUGCAUCAAAGAUUCUUCGGUUUUGAAAUAUUUUUUAAUUGAAGCGAUAUGAUUCAAGAAUAGAAGCGAUAUGGUUAAACGUUUUUCCAUGACAUCUUUUAAAACGGUCUUAAAUUCAUGGCGAAUUGACUUCAUUUCAGGGUCUAUUCCACUUUCAUUUGGUUCGGGUCUCACGUAGAUUCCCUUUUUUGAAACAACGUUAAUCCGGGACAUUAGAGAGGGAAAUUUUCCGAAGAAGAUUCUUAGAUUUUUAGGAAUACCUAGAGAUUUGUACGGAACAAAAUAAAAUGCCAAAAAUAAAUUUGUAUUUUUGAGAAUUGUAUUCGCGGAGAAUUCAUUUUUUAAAUGGAACACGAACUGUGGAGGUGUUUUACUUUCGUUAAAACUUGAAACAGGCACAAAUUUGAAAUGGUUAGAGAAACAAAAUAAUCGGUGAAAAAUCAAUUCAACAAUAAUUCUAACAUUUAUAACAACGACAUGGCCUUUCCACUGAAGUAAAUAUAGUUUUCUAACUAUAGUUUUUCGCCAAUUAUCUCAGUUGGCAUUUCGCCAAUUAUGAUACUGGCAAUUCCAGCGACUGGCAUAUCUUUUUGUUUCCACUAACAAAAAGUAAAAUAAUAUAAGCAUUUUUUAAGAAGAUUGACCGCAAUAAUAUUAAGGCUCACUAUCACUGAAAUUUAAGAUUAAUUAAGGUAGAAUGCAAGGCUAAAGCUUCAUCAAGAAUUUAUUUGUUUGUGAAUUAAGUUGUUUGGGCCCAGUUGCCCUUGGGGGAAUUUCAGUUCUCUGACGUUGCUCUGAGAGUUUCCGUUCUCAUGUAGGAAUAGCUUAUUCAAACUAAUAAAACUAAACACAUUAUAUUCAUAGAUAAUAAAAAUACAAGAACAGCUUGCUAAAUAGAGAUUUUCGUUUGCAGAUGAUAUAGAAGACUAGAUAACAGCUGAUGAAAUAGACUGAGUUGAAAUCGUGCUAUAGUUGUUUUAUAUUUUUAUUCGAUAGUUAUUGUUCUGUUCUGUUCUGUUCUGUUCUGUUCUUGUUUUGUUUUUGUGAUGACGUAGCACAUAAAACAGAGAUUAGAACUCUGAUCUUCAUCUGAAAUUACAUCUUUUGUCGCAUAUAAGAAUAAUUUUAGGCUCAAAAUGACAAAACCGAGAUUAAUGAGCCUCAGCAAAAAAAUAGUAUUCUUAUAAAAGGUGUGUUUCAAAAGGCGAAAAAUAUUUGUGUAAUAAAUAAAAAAGUCCUUUUCUAAUGACAAUGGUUUUUUUAUAGUAAGUAUCAUCCCAAUUCUCGCCGGAAAAUUUAGAUGUUCUGUAAAAUUUUGGAACGGAAUCGAACACAAAAUGCGUAUAAAAGUUACAUUAUCCAAAUCGUGUUUAUAAUUUUGAUUGAUUGAAUGGAAACUUUUCAUUUUGAAUUCCUGUUAAAACUACAAUUACAAAUCUCACUAUUACAAGGUAAUUUGUAACUGGCUAGCCUGUGUUUACAAAAUAAAAACUAUUACAUCGUAGUAAUGAGAAAAAAAAAAUUGUUAAAAGGGGUGUAGCUCUGGAUUAGUCCAAGUUUUGUUUCUACAGCAGAAUAUAUAGUAUGUGGUGCGAAUGGAGAUGCUUGUAAGUUUGGAGAUGAGGUAGCGUUUCUGUUGAUGAUCAAUGGACAAAGAGUCACACAUGUCGAUGAAUGAGCUGCAGGAGUCGCCAAAAAUACCAAGUGAACUGAUGGAAAGAUUGACAAACGAGACUGACUUAAACUGACGUUUUAAGUCAGAUACGAGGGUGGCAUAUUUCCCUGACUUUCUGACAGCAUUGCAGUUGAGAUUUGUUUCAAAGCCUAUGGUUAGCUCUAAAACGUACAGACAGUUUUCCUUAGUUUUGAGAAGUAAGUCAGGGCGUAGUUGAUCUCCAGUUAUGAUAGAAGGGGAAAGAAAGCCUGGUAAAUCUGCGUAGAGAGAAGACCCAUUUAUUGCUUGGAAGGAAGUGGCUAGAAAGUUUAAUGCAGAAUUAUGACGCCAAGUAUAGCGUCCUUGGUCAAGGUACACUUUGCAUCCAGCAACAACGUGUAAAAGUGUUUCUGGAAGAAGACAGAAUUCACAGUCAGAUGUUUGACUAAGGUUCCAUUUCAGCAGAUUUUUACGAGUUGGAAGAGUGUUGUUAAGGUACUUGAUGGUAAAGUUAAAGAUGUUACUAGGCAAAUUGCUUUGUGUACUUGACCAAAUACCGUUCAGCUUUUCCAGUGAAUGUUUCAGUAGGAAGGUAAUUGUGGCUCCCUGAGAUGUUAAGUUUUGGGAGAGACGUUCUUUGUUGUCUGAUUUGACAGCCUUUAAUACCUCUUUAGUAUUACGAUAGAUGUCGUACUGUAGGUUCGUGCCAUGACUGGUGUUUUUCCAUAGGGUUUGAAUGUCAAUAUUAGGAGAAGAUUUUAGGGCAUUGCGACAGACAGUUUGGCAUUGCGUAAAUUUGAUAGAACGCAGUUGUAGAUUUAGGCCAAACUGAUUUUUUGAGAGGAUUAUUCCACUCAAUGUUGCAGAAACAGGAAGAUCAAGCCACUGGCGAAUGUAAUUGGAAACAAGAUUGUCUAGGUUUUGGACAACCCAGGUCUUUGGUAGAUCUGCAACAGUAAAAUGCCAUGAAACUUUUGACAGAACAUAACGAUGGUAUAAUAGCAGUUUGUUUUUAGGAUGGAGAGGUAAGUCGUCAAUAUCCUUCAUAAGAGUAGAGAAAAGAGAAACGAGUUUAGAUUUAUGAUCUUGGUUACUCAUUUCAAAAUCAAAGAAACGACCAAGAUACUUAAAGGAAUCGCCAUUUUUGACAGCAGGCACUAUUUGGUUACAGAUGAAAAGUUUCGGUUGAAAUUGGAGGGAUCGCGUAGAGUGUUUCUUGACACCAAAGGUAACACAUUUGUCAACCCGGACAAUGAAGUUUGCCCAUUGGCGCCAUCUGGUAAAGCAGUUUAAUAAGAGUUGGUUCUCCUUUUCUCCACUGGUAACAACAGCAGCAUCAUCAGCAAACUGAAACCAGUGUACUGGCUGAAACAUGCGGUCAUUACCAUCAUGGGGGGAGAAACCAAGCUGCUUAUAUUUAUCUGAUUUGAUGUAUUGUAUGAACGUGUUGAAGCAAAGGUUGAAAAGAAGGGGGCUGAGGCAGUCACCUUGCAAUACGCCGCGGCGAACGGGAAUUGCAGGGGUUUGGAAUUUAUCAGUUAUGAUACAGGUCUUAAAAUCUAGAUAUAAGCUUGAGAUCAAUGAUUGAAUUUCCGAAGGUAUAUGAUGAUAAGCAAGAAUAGCUGGUAUCAGCUUGUGGUGAACUUCGCCAAAGGCGUUUUUAAGAUCCAGCAAAGAUACCACUAAAGAUCGUUGCUUAAUGCGAGCUUUAUUUAUUAAAUGGCUCAUCAUUGCUGUGUGCUCUAAUGUACCUGAUACUUUUGAGGUGAAGCCUUUUUGGAUUUGGUGCUCGAUGAAGCCAUUGUGUUUCAGAAAAGUGAAGAUGGAGUCACGUAAGCAAGAAGUGAAUAUUUUUAAGGGCACCGAUUCUAAAGUGAUUGGCCUGAAAUUUGAUGGAUCGUCUGUGCUGUCUUUUUUGUGAAUCAAGAUAGUGGAGGCCUUUUUCCAUUCGGAUGGUACCUUACCUGAAAGCCAGACAACACGAAUUAUUUCAGUAAGAAAAGAACGAAGAUAGGGGCUUCGUUUGAAACAGAUGAUGGAUAUCUUAUCAAGAGGACAGGGAGAAGUAGAAGCUUUCAUACGCCUUAUGAUAGAGGUAAUGGUUAUUAUUCAAAAUUAUUUUCAUUUAUAUAAUGGUCGAUCAAAAUGAUAAAUAUAUCAUGUUAGCUAGGCCAACUUGUCUAAUAGCCAGGGGAAAUAUAAUUCUACGUUGAUUAAAUGAUACAACUUAAAAGCUAAGAUGAUGAAGUAGGACACAGGGUAACAGUUCAACAGAUUACCAUCUAUGCAACUUACCGUGUUUAUCUGUUUUGGAUUUUCAAUCCCUUCUGGUUUCACAGCAGUCAAACCAACGUGUCAUGAAAUAUUUGCUUGUUGAAUUUGAUUUUAAGCCAACCCACAACGCAUAGAUCUCCAUAUCACGUGAUCAGUCCUCUUCAAUCAUACCGCUCAAAGAAUAAUCCAUGUGCUAACACAACAGAACUAAGUUAUCAACCAGUUCUGUUUCGCACUGCUUUUAGGCCCCUUGUACGAGAAAUAGCUGGAUCUUGUUUUCAACGGGUCUGUUUGUUUAUAAGCUAGUUUUGAAAGGAGUUGUGAUUUGGUAUGUUCUUAGAAUAAUCAUUUAGUUUGCUCUGUAGCAAUGUGAUUGAUUUUUUGGGCCGAAAUUGUCCGAUAACACUACUUGUUACUAGGGCAAUUAAGAAGUUGACGCGAUUAGUAACUAGGAGCAAAAAUUUCUAUGAAAAGAGUUAUUCAAUUCUUUCUUACACAAAAAGAAGGCUUGUUGGUGAAUUUCUCAAUCGCAGAAGCUCACGAAAAAAUUCGAACAUAGCGUGCACAUUAGCCACGUAGCUGCAGGGGGCAAGGAGGGCUCUGCCCCCCCCCCCAAAUCAAAAUUUUGACAACGACUUGCCCUCUCUGGCUACAGUUUUUCCGAAUGAUAUUUUGAAAACUUGGCAUAAUUAUACCUCCGUGAGCUUAUUUUAGUCCAAAUACAUUUGUUUGUUAUAUGUCUGUUCUUUUAUUCUAACUAAAGCCUGCCUCCAUAAGGUAUCGUUCUUGCUCGAGUUUGCCCACUCUAGCCGACAUCUACAGCUACGUGGGUGGUACACAUACACUAAUUUUUUUCUAUAAGAAACUCAGACAAUUGAAAUUGAAAAAGCACAGGAUUCUGAAAUUUUGUGAGAAUCUGUCAAUAUGAUUAGCUGGUUGUGAAAACUUUACACAAUGAAGAGACUCCCUGCUUACAGCCGUGAAAACUUUACACAAUGAAGAGACUCCCUGCUUACAACCGUGAAAACCAUAUUUUAUCCUUGCUUCUUACCAAAAAUUAAUAUUGUACUUACCUAAUAACUUUUCAUAUUUCCACGAUGACAAACCGGGAAAAAAACAAGAAUUUUUGUUGGUUACCAAAACCUAUCUGUAGGGCCAUCCACCAGCAGGGGGAUGGUCAAUUUGAUUCCAUGUCACAGUUGAUAGAUGCAGCUGACCAGAAAAUGAAAGAUGUGACAAGGACUUUUUUAAACAACGAUGGAGUAUUCCGCAAUUCAGUAGCUAAAAAAAUCCUCAUUCCGUGUAACAUUCUCAAGAAAAUCUCUUCCAGCAAAUGUGGAGAACUCGUUCCCUCGAUGAACGAAAAAUUUCUUCAAAUUUCGUUGUUCCCCGCAAACCCAGGCAACCGAGAACUACCUUGAUGAAUCAAUGAACUGGAUGCAUGUUUCAAUUUAUAAACAGAAAAAUUUUAUACAAAAAAACAAUCUCCGAAACAUCUCGAUCAAUUUUUUCUUAAAUGCAUAAAACUUUACUAACAAUAAUUUAUAUUUAUCAAAUUUCAGGAAGAUGGUGGUUUGAAAAUACAAAUUGGUCAACUAGAGUGUACAAAAUUUUUAUCCAAAGUAUGAGGUUUCAAACGGUAAACAGUUGUCUGCUCUAUCUAUCGAAGGUGCAACCAAUGCACAUAUGAAUAUAGUUUAGGAAAUUAGAAUAAAGGAACUUUAUUUAAGAAAGACUAUUUUAACCAUGAAACAGUUCUACAGUAGAAACUCGCAUAAAAGAACCUGUUUUUAUAACAACAUUGAGGCUGAAAUUUAAACUUUAAAACCCCAUAAUCAAGAACCCCCAAGAGGCUGCAAUUUGGAAAGGUUCUUAUAUAUAAAUAUAU